AUGUUUUCGGAAAUAGGACUAAAUAUGUAUAAUGAGGAAGGAGAAGAACAGAAUGAUCAAGAUUGUUUAAGUAUAACCAGUAUCGAUACCAAUUUGGAAGAUUUGGAAACAGACAACCUAAGAAAAUAUGAAUACUCAUGUAAAAUGUUAGAUGUUAGUAGUGAUCGACAAAUGUGUGAUCUUCUUCAAUACGAUAACAUAACAAUUACAGCUCGAACAUUUUGUUUUAAUGAUUUUCGAGCAUUUUUCAGUACUAUUGAACAUAAAACGCUCUCUACACUCAAUUUAAGUAGAAAUAAAUUAGAGGCGAAAUCGGCCAUAUUUAUGGGAACAUCAUUAAGUAUGAACUUCACUCAGUCAGAAUGUGGUAUACUAAAAAUGUCUUCAACAUGUUUAGCUAACAACUAUAGUCUUAUCAAGUUAAAUUUAAGUUGGAAUCAAAUUAGAGGCCGAGGAGCUGUUGCACUAUUACGAGCAUUUGAAGUUAAUACUGGUAUCAAAGAUCUUGAUUUAUCUUGGAAUGGACUCGGUUACGAUGGCUCGCUUGCUCUACGUCGAAUUUUUAAAAUAAAUGAAACAUUGACAUAUUUAAAUAUUAGUCACAAUAAUACUGACUUGAAAGCGGCGAAAGUAAUUGCUCAAGGAAUAGCUGGAAACACUGCACUGGAAUCAUUGCUCGUAAAUGAUUUAAAUGAAUGA